AUGACCGAUAUAAUACCACAAGCCAGGGGUUUCCUAGCUACAUCGCAACCUGAGAAGGCAUUGGAAAUUCUCACGCCUCACAUCACUUCCAAUACAACAUCUCCUGAAUUUCUUGCUAUAUUAGGUGAAACUUUACUUGAAAGCAAUGAAUUAGAACAAGCCUACAAUAUUCUAAUACAAGCAUGUGAACUAGAUCCUGAUGCAAGUUUGGGAGUUGAAAAGUUUUUAUACUUGGGACAAAUUAUUGGUGGUGCUGAUGGUUUGAAUUAUAUAAAUACUGGAUUGAAUAAGUUGAAUGAAAUAUUGGCCAGUAUAAACCAAGGACAGAUGAAUGGCGAAGAAUUGCAAAAAGGGGGAUACAAAGAUACUAAUGAAUAUAAACAGUGGGUGGAUAAGAAGUUAAAUCUGGGUAUUUUUGCCAGUGUUGAGAUUUGGAUGACUGAUUUAUGUAUGGAACCCGAAGCAGAAUCGAAAUGUAACGAGUUGAUUGAGUUUAGUUUAUCUAUUGAUCCUACUAACCCGGAAACGUAUUCCAUUUUAUCAUCAAUUAGAAUUUCACAGCAACGUCAACAAGAUGCCAUUGACGCAUUAAACAAAUCAUGGGAGUUAUUCAAGUUGCAUAAAACAAAAUUGGAAGAUUUUGCCAACAAAAAGGAAACCAAUGAAACAGGUGCUGACGAUGCGUUCGAAGUAGGUAUGGAGUAUGUUGAGUUGAUCCAACCUUUGGUUACAUUAUCUCGAUAUGCAAUUGAAUUGGAACAAUAUGAAGUUGCCAUUGAUAUCGCUUCUAAUAUUCAAGAUAUCAAUGACUCUAUACUAGAUGCAUUUUACAUUGAAGCAUUGGCAAACUUGUUCAAGGCUAAACAAAUAUCAACAGCAUCGUUUAAUGGCAGUAAUAAUGAUGGGAAGGACGAUUAUCGUGAAUUGGAAAUCUCUCAGUUGAACGAUACACCCGAGAUUAAACAAUUACUUGCUAAUACAAGGUCGACUUUGACAUCUGCUUAUAAAAUAAUCAAUAGUGAAUUGGAUAGUGAGAAUGAUCCAGUAUUGGCUGAUCAAGUGAAUGAGCUAUUGAAUCAAUUAGGUGGUCCAAUAAUGAGUGAGUUGAUGCCAAAAAGAGAAAACUUGGACGAUGAAGAUGUAAACUGGGAAGAAGAGAUUGUUUCCGAUGAUGAGGCGUAG